AUGCUUUGUACUUAUAAUUUAAUUGCGGCAUUCCCAAACCAUUUUUUAGUAUAUAAAUAUUUAUGCACUAUUCCUUCAACUUCUGCUGCAAGUGAAAGAUCGUUCUCGAAGGUGAAAUUAAUUAAAACUCGUCUUAGAUCCACUAUGAUGCAAAAUAGACUUGAAAGUCUCAUGUUAUUGUCAUCUGAAAAGGAUAUAGUUUUAAAUGCAGAAGACAUUUUGAACAAAUAUGCUUUUACAUCUUCAGUACUACAAAAAGAAUUAUUGUUUAAAUAA